GCGAGGCGGCCGGGCGGACACCGAGGCGCAGCCGGCGGGCGCGGGCGCGGGCGCGGGCGGCAGACAGCCCCGGGCGGCGGCGGCGAGGAUGCUGCCGGGGCGGCUGAGCUGGGUGCCGCUCCUGCUGGCGCUGGGCGUGGGGAGCGGCGGCGGCAGCGAAGGCGGCGGAGGCAGCAGCCGGCGGCGCCGCCUCCUCGCGGCGAAAGUCAACAAGCACAAGCCAUGGAUCGAGACAUCGUAUCAUGGAGUCAUUACUGAGAACAACGAUACAGUCAUUUUGGACCCGCCGCUGGUCGCUCUGGACAAAGACGCACCGGUUCCUUUCGCAGGCGAGAUUUGUGCGUUCAAGAUCCACGGCCAGGAGCUGCCCUUUGAGGCCGUGGUGCUCAACAAGACAUCCGGAGAGGGCCGGCUCCGGGCCAAGAGCCCCAUCGACUGUGAGCUGCAGAAGGAGUACACGUUCAUCAUCCAGGCCUACGACUGUGGCGCGGGGCCCCUGGACACGGCCUGGAAGAAGUCACACAAGGCCGUGGUCCAUAUCCAGGUGAAGGACGUCAAUGAGUUUGCUCCCGCCUUCAAAGAGCCCGCCUACAAGGCUGUGGUGACUGAGGGCAAGAUCUACGACAGCAUCCUGCAGGUGGAGGCCGUCGAUGAGGACUGCUCCCCCCAGUACAGCCAGAUCUGCAACUAUGAGAUUGUCACCACCGACGUCCCUUUUGCCAUUGACAGAAAUGGAAACAUCAGGAACACCGAGAAGCUGAGCUACGACAAGCAGCACCAGUAUGAGAUCCUGGUGACGGCCUACGACUGCGGCCAGAAGCCUGCUGCUCAGGACACCCUGGUGCAGGUGGACGUGAAGCCCGUGUGCAAGCCUGGCUGGCAAGACUGGACCAAGAGGAUUGAGUACCAGCCCGGCUCGGGGAGCGUGCCCCUGUUCCCUGGCAUCCACCUGGAGACGUGCGACGGGGCUGUGUCCUCCAUCCAGCUCACCACGGAGCUGCAGACCAACUACAUCGGGAAGGGGUGUGACCGGGAGACCUACUCGGAGAAAUCCCUUCAGAAGCUGUGUGGAGCCUCCUCUGGCAUCAUCGACCUCCUGCCGUCCCCCAGCGCUGCCUCCAACUGGACUGCGGGACUGCUGGUGGACAGCAGCGAGAUGAUCUUCAAGUUUGACGGCCGGCAGGGCGCCAAGGUCCCUGACGGGAUUGUGCCCAAGAACUUGACGGACCAGUUCACCAUCACCAUGUGGAUGAAGCACGGCCCCAGCCCCAGCGUGAGAGCAGAGAAGGAAACCAUCCUCUGCAACUCAGAUAAGACCGAAAUGAACCGGCACCACUACGCCCUGUACGUGCACAACUGCCGCCUGGUCUUCCUCCUGCGGAAGGACUUCGACCAGGCCGACACCUUCCGCCCGGCCGAGUUCCACUGGAAGCUGGACCAGAUUUGUGACAAAGAGUGGCAUUACUACGUCAUCAACGUGGAGUUCCCCGUGGUGACCUUAUACAUGGAUGGAGCGACGUAUGAACCAUACCUGGUGACCAACGAUUGGCCCAUUCAUCCAUCUCACAUAGCCAUGCAGCUUACAGUCGGCGCAUGUUGGCAAGGAGGAGAAGUCACCAAACCGCGGUUCGCCCAGUUCUUCCACGGCAGCCUGGCCAGUCUCACCAUCCGCCCUGGCAAGAUGGAGAGUCAGAAGGUGAUCUCCUGCCUGCAGGCCUGCAAGGAAGGGCUGGAUAUCAAUUCCCUGGAAAGCCUCGGCCAAGGAAUAAAGUAUCACUUCAACCCCUCACAGUCCGUCCUGGUGAUGGAAGGCGACGACAUCGGGAACAUCAACCGAGCCCUGCAGAAGGUCUCCUACAUCAACUCCCGGCAGUUCCCAACUGCGGGCGUGCGGCACCUCAAAGUCUCGUCCAAAGUCCAGUGCUUUGGGGAGGACGUGUGCAUCAGCAUCCCGGACGUGGACGCCUACGUGAUGGUGCUGCAGGCCAUGGAGCCCCAGAUCACCCUCCGCGGCACGGACCGCCUCUGGAGACCGGCCGCCCAGUUCGAAAGCGCCCGCGGCGUGGCCCUCUUCCCCGACAUCAAGAUCGUGAGCACCUUCGCCAAAGCCGAGGCCCCAGGUGACUUGACGCCCACAGCCCCCAAGUCAGCAGUCUUGGAAGAAAUGCUUCACAACUUAGAUUUCUGUGACAUUUUGGUGCUGGGAGGGGACCUGGACCCAAGACAGGAGUGCUUGGAGCUGAACCACAGCGAGCUCCACCAGCGCCACCUCGACGCCACCAACUCCACUGCAGGCUACUCCAUCUACGGUGUGGGCUCCAUGAGCCGCUACGAGCAGGUGCUGCGGCACAUCCGCUACCGCAAUUGGCGUCCUGCUUCACUCGAGUCCCGGCGUUUCAGGAUCAAAUGCUCAGAACUCAACGGCCGCUACACCAGCAACGAGUUCAACCUGGAGGUCAGCCUCCUCCACGAGGUCAGAGUCUCAGACAACGAGCACGUCAACCACCUCAUCGUGCAGCCUCCUUUCCUCCAGUCCGUCCAGCACCCCGAGGCCCGGACGAGCGUCCAGCGCAGUUCAGUGGUCCCGAGCAUUGCCACGGUGAUCAUCAUCAUCUCCGUGUGCAUGCUAGUGUUCGUGGUAGCCAUGGGCGUGUACCGGGUCCGGAUCACCCACCAGCACUUCGCCCAGGAGACCGAGGCUGCCAAGGAGGCCGAGAUGGAUUGGGACGACUCUGCGCUCACUAUCACAGUCAACCCCAUGGAGAAACACGAAGCACCGGGGCACAGGGAGGAAGAGACGGAAGAGGAGGAGGAAGCAGAAGACGACAUCAGCUCCAGCAGCAGCGACUCAGACGCCAGCGACGAGGAGGAGGUGGAGGGAGGAGUGGGCAGGGGCAGACACGGGCAGAGCGAAGCCAGGCAAGCCCAACUGGAGUGGGACGACUCCACCCUCCCAUACUAAUGCCCCUCCUGUGCUCACUCACUGUCCCUUUUGUAAGCCACACCCAAUGUAUGUGAGUCUAUCACUGUCGCCUCCUAUUUCAAUGACACUCUGGGCAGGCCUUCCCCAGCCUCCUGGAACCCGCCCUUCAUGUGGGCUCUCCCGUACCCGAGCCCUGGGCUGGUUCCAGGAAGUCCAGCCUCUUCCUCAGUGGGGACUCCGGGGUGGACUGUGCUGCCACACCCACUGCUCCUGCCCCUCCAGGUCCUGCCCGCCAAUCUGCAGAGUUCUGCCUUUGAUCAUCUCUGCAGUCUUCUCCUUGAGCUCCGUGUCCCCAAGACCCUGGGGUUCCAACUCACUGUGUGCACCAAACUCAGUUGUUUCUCCACACAGCGGGUUCUCCUUACCUGACUCUCCAGAUGGUGUCCCUCAGGCAGGGUGGCUGGACUUCACACACCCAAGUGCUUGCCCUCAGCACUUGGAAGAAGUCCUUGCUGAGGCGGGAACUAAGUUCACAGGGAGAGGCUCCACACUCAUGCAUACUCACACUCUCCCCAGUUGGCAGAGCCUUUCCCUUUGACCUGAGACCAUCCAAGCGUAAGGUGAGAAGUCCAAAACAUGGGCCACCGCAGGGCCUGGGGCCAGUCAAUACUGAUACCCACACGGCCUCCUUGCUGGGGGCUCCCACCCCAUAAAACCGCACAGGCACUGCCCCAGGCGACGGCUGUGAAAAGCCUGCAGCCAGGGAUCAGAAGGAAGGGCUGAUGGGGCAUCACCAUUGGGCUUCACGGUGGACACAGAUCUGGGAGACAGGGCAGCCCCAGGUGGACAAGGCUCUCUCCACCUAGUCUUAGGAUCCUCAUCCCUUAUGUCACACUGGUUUACCUCUUAGGAAAACACAUUCCUGUUGGAUAUAUUAGAACAAGCGUGAACCGCCUCAAGUCUAAAGCAAAAGUUUGAAAACUUAACUGCUAGGAAUUAGAAACAUUUGCAAGAACAGCUGCUUCAUUUUCUUUCCAUAUAAAAAGGAGCAGUGCUUUGGGUGGAGGGCAAAUAUAUCUGAAAAC